AUGCGGGUUCUGAGUCGCGGGAAAAUUAUCCGAGGACAAAACUAUUUGGUUGCGAAAGUGUCUGUGGGAGUCCUGGGCGAGAGAGGGCAAACAUACGCUGCACGUCCGAGCGGGGGCUACCCAUUUGAUGCUGAUCUUUUUUUCCAUGAAAAUACAAGCCCGUUUUUUUUCAUUAACCUGUUCCUAAGGUAUUAUGCAAGAGGAGAUGCUGAAAAUGCAAUGCGAUACAUCAAUGGAACCAGACUUGAUGAUAGGAUCAUAAGGACAGACUGGGAUGCAGGAUUUAAAGAGGGUAGACAGUAUGGUCGUGGAAGAUCAGGGGGCCAGGUCCGAGAUGAAUAUCGGCAAGACUAUGAUGCUGGAAGAGGUGGCUAUGGCAAAACUGUUCAAUGCCAGUGAAUAGCGAAUGACUCAUCAGCCUCACAGGAGAACUAAAUCUGCCUUGUAAAUGUCACCAGGCACAAAGUAGGUCUGUUGCACACAAAUUUAUGUAGCUAGAAAUUCACAGAAACUACUGUCUGUGUUCCUGUGAUCGCAUAGUAUGUUCAAUAUCUCUUGCAUUUUAAUACCAGGAUCCAAAGCAUUGCAGAGUACAUUAACAGAGAGGACCUGGGAGCAGGGUUUUAAGCAAUAGUAUGCGCGAGGCUUUGGUCUCUAAAUGCUGCUGUAACUCUACUAAAGGAACAAAGGUUUAACGGUAUGGUGCUUUUUUUCACUGGCAAAACUUGAUUAUUUUAUCACUGAGUUUUGUUUACAUUGGUAUCACAGGGUGGAGAGUGGCAAUAAAGGAGGGUUGGGGUAUG